AUGACAGGCCGCGCUGAAGUCGUCACCAACGACGAGGAUGCGCGAAGACCGCUGCUGUCGCGCAGCAACACCAACGACAUAGACCUGGACAUGGCAGCUCUGGACACACGGCCGGGUCAUGAGAGAUGGCGACGCGUAGUUGGUCUGCUGUUGCUGUUCACGACAGUCAUCCUGUGGACCGCCUCUAACUUUAUGGCUUCCGUAUGGCUAUUGCUCAACCCACGACUGUUGCGCAAAACGACUGACGGCAUGCAUAGANCACUGUUCGCCGACAACACGUACUCGAAGCCCUAUCUCGUCACUUACGUUAACACCGCCUGCUUCAUCAUCCCGCUCUUGCCCAUCGUCGCCCGACGCCUGUACCUAAGCGGCUCCCUUAAGACGCCGAGAUACGCUGCUGUGCCUCAGGACCACCAAGAAGACGCAUACACACAAGAGCACACCAGUGACUCUACUUCGCAAAAGCAUACGGCCAUCAACAAUGCUCACGCCGUGGCUCCCUUGUCUCUGGGCGAGACCGCUCGUCUGAGCAUGGAAUUCUGCAUCCUCUGGUUCAUGGCCAAUUACUUUGUCGCUGCAUGUCUGGAACACACGACCGUCGCUUCGUCUACAAUCCUUACCUCGACGAGCAGCAUCUUCACCCUACUCCUAGGUUGCGCUGUUGGUGUCGAGAUUUUUACCAUGCGUAAGCUCUUUGGAGUCCUGGCUUCUCUGCUCGGCGUCGUUCUCAUCUCCUCUGUCGACCUCUUUGGCAACAACGAUAAUGGCCGUGGUCUGUUUCCUCACAAGUCUGCACGCGAUAUUGCUGUAGGCGAUUCAAUGGCUCUGCUCUCUGCUGUCUUGUACGGAGUCUAUGCCGUACUCAUGAAGAAACGCAUCGGGGACGAGCGCAGGAUAAGCAUGCCCUUCUUCUUUGGCCUGGUAGGUCUGUUCAACGUCCUGCUGCUCUGGCCUGGCUUCUUGAUCUUGCACUAUACCGGUGUAGAGCCCUUUGAGCUGCCCCCGACCUCGAGGGUGACGGCGAUUAUUCUCGUAAGUUUGGUACUCAUCUUCUCGCCUGAUCACUCGUAUGCUAAUGGUGUACUCUCUAGGNUCAACUCCUUCAGCUCCUUGCUCUCCGAUAUCGCGUGGGCCUAUGCUGUACUGCUCACUUCACCCAUUGUCGUUACAGUAGGCCUUUCAACCACUAUCCCGCUAUCGCUCAUCGGACAAUUGCUCAUCAACAACCAAACCUCGCCUGCUAUCUACUGGCUAGGCGCCUGUGUCGUUGUCUUGUCUUUUGUCUUUGUCAACCAUGAAGAAGCCCAAGACGAGGCUGCCCAAGAUCAACGCAUUCUAGAACACGCAUCGUCGAGUAGAGAGGUACACCAGCAUGAGGAAGCAUGA